AUGGAAAUGGAGGGCAGGGGUUUGUCUGAAUUUUUCAGGAACACAAGUGAAGAGAUGUUCCUAAAGGCGAUGAUGGAGAACUCGAUGGGAGCGGUGACGGCACCAAGCAUGGAGAUGAUGGGGUUCAGAAACAUGUCCCAAAGUUUCAGAGAAGACAGCGAGGAAUUGUUCAAUAGCUGGCUUAUGAAUGGAGAGAUUCCAGGAUUUAGUUCCGUGAAUAAUCGCCCUCGACAACCAUCCAGGUUGUCAUCAGAAGCUGCUGGCCUUCCUACUCAGCAACAUGAAAUUGCUCAAGAAAAUAUUCCCACUGACAACCUGAUUCCACAGAAUUUGGCAGUUCAUUCAGAGUUCACAAACAACCAUAACCAGCAACCACUCAAGAAUGCAGCAGAGAAGGGAAUGCAAGCUUGUGACCUACUUUUGGCAAAGGCCUGGUUUCACAGCACUCAACCAAUGACUAGGAGCAGAUCUUCAGAACUAAGGAAGAAGUAUGCAGCAAUGCAAACUAACAUGCCACCAAUAACAACUGAAACCAUUGAAGCAGCUAACAGACUGAGACAAGAUCUGACAAAUGCAAGUACUGCAAACAGUACACCAAUGAGCAUUACACCCAUUCAGACUCCAACUUUUGUAUCUCCUUCAAGUUCCUCAACAUCCCCUUUGGAUAAUCCACACAUGGUAGCACAAGAUACCAUCACCUCAGUUGUGAGCAUGCUCAAGGACACGCUGGAGCGCAAGAAGCUUAGUAGCCAUGCCAAUGGAGACACUUCAUCAGGCAUUUCUUUUGGUUUUUAUGACACCCAACAUUUUCAACAGAACAUUCUUGGAGGAACAGAUAUAUUUCCUUUGGUGACAACUUCCCAAAUUCAAGACUCCAUGAUGCUUCCAAAAGUUGAGAGGCCAACGGAACCGAGCACUGGGAACUUUGUUGCUCCUGCAAACCAGGUUUGGCUUGGUAUAGGAUCUCGAGAGCCAUCGCAGAGUGGAUCAUCAGCUGCUAUCACAGCACAUUCAGCUGGAUUUGAAGUUUGUGAUGACCUGCCUCCCAUGAGACAAGCAAUGACUGUUUGUGAGAGUACUAGAACAAAUGCUGCAAAUGGGGCAGCUGACUGUAUAUCAAAAGGCAAAGAAUUCAGAGAGAGGAUACUAAAAGAUAAUUUGAAGGAUGACAGAAAGAAAGGGGCCCUGACUCGAAUGGGAUCCAUUUCAUCCGAACAAGCAGUUGAUAAAGGAGAUCCUACAAAGAAACGCAGGGUUGAGCGUUCACGCAAAAUGGCAGAAGCAAAGGAAAGAAGCUCAACACCAGUAAUACCAUCAGACAUGCAGACUGUGCUUAAGCGUUGCGAAACUCUAGAGAAAGAGGUCCGGUCACUGAAGCUUAACCUCUCCUUCAUGAAUCGCAAGGAUUCAGAACAGACCAAGCAGAUCGAGGAGCUUCAGAAGCAAAAUGAGGACCUGGUGGAAGAAAAAGAGCGGCUGCUAGAAGAGAUCGAACGAAUCGUCUCCGACACAAACGCAUAAAUAGGCCAAUUCUUACUCUUGAUCAUGUAUUAAUACCUAAUAGCAGUAGACCAAAGGAUACUAGAUACAAAUACACAAUCCAAAGAGGCAGCAGAAUUAUACACUUCUGGCCUGAAUGUACCAUUCUUUUCCUGUUCCUUUGAUCCUUUCCUAAAGUUAACAUAGACCAGAUCACUACC